GGUCGGGCGGGAGGAGGUGACGUCGGGAGCGGUGGCAGGCUGGGGCUUCCUCCAGGCCUGGAGACGUUUUAUCUGUGAGCCGUCGUAUUACGUCACAAGUCAGCGACUGUGCCUUGGUGGUUGUGGCCGAGGCAGUGAAGGCGGCAGCGGCGGCGACAGCUCUGGGGGUUGCGUCUCGGGGUGUGUCGGCCGCCGCUGCUGCUCGGGCCUGGUAUGUACAAAUGGCUGGUUAGAAUUCUCGGCACCAUUUUCCGUUUUUGUGACCGGCCGGUGCCCCCUCCCCGGGCGGUCCUGAAGAGGCGACGCUCGAACAGCAGUCUGUUUCCCACAGUGGACACUGAUGAAAUACCAGCCAAAAGACCAAGAUUAGAUUGCUUUAUUCACCAAGUCAGAAACAGUCUCUACAAUGCUGCCAGCUUGUUUGGAUUCCCAUUCCAGAUAACUACAAAGCCCAUGGCAACUUCUGCUUGUAAUGGAACACGGAAUGUGGCCCCUUCAGGAGAGGUAUUUUCAAACUCUUCACCCUGUGAACUGACACGUUCUGGAUCCUGGAACAACAUGCUGAAACUGGGUAAUAAGUCUCCUAAUGGAAUAAGCGACUAUCCAAAGAUCAGAGUGACAGUAACCCGAGACCAGCCACGCAGAGUCCUACCUUCUUUUGGUUUUACUUUAAAUUCUGAAUCCUCUAAUAGAAGACCAAGUGGCCGCCGCCAUAGCAGAGGCAAUCCAGAGAGUCCCUUAAUGUGGAAACAUCAGGAGCAAUCAAUAACAGAAAUGACUUCUGAAGACAGUGGCAAGGGUGUGAGGCGUCCCCAUUGUACUGUGGAAGAGGGUGUUCAAAAAGAGGAGCGAGAGAAAUACCGAAAAUUACUGGAGCGACUGAAAGAGGGAGGUCAUGGAAACUCUGUUUCUCCUACAUCCUCAAACCAUCAUAGUUAUCAAAGAAGCCAGAUGGAUAUGUUAAAGACCAGAGGCUGGGGGGAUGAGCAGCAUCAUGGAAUCAGAACAACUCAGUUUGUUCCAAAACAGUAUAGAAUUGUUGAAACAAGGGGACCUCUAUGUUCAAUGAGAAGUGAAAAGAGAUGUUCAAAAGGGAAAUUUUCUGAUACUGAGAAGACAGUUGGAAUCAGAGUUGAAAAUGAAGGUAGGAGAGGACAUCAGCUGGAGCCUGACCUGUCUGAAGAAGUGUCCGCCCGGCUCCGCCUGGGCAGCGGAAGCAAUGGCUUAUUCAGGAGGAAAAUGUCAGUCCUUGAGACACGAGAAAAGAAUUACUCGGGCAGAGAGAGAGAGAGAAGAACAGAUGAGCUUCUUGAACUUACAGAGGACAUGGAAAAAGAAAUCAGCCAUGCCCUUGGCCACGGCUCACAGGACGAGAUCCUUAGCAGUGCUUUCAAACUGCGCAUCACUCGUGGUGACAUCCAGACCUUGAGGAACUAUCACUGGCUCAAUGAUGAAGUCAUUAAUUUUUACAUGAACCUUCUGAUGGAAAGAAAUAAAAAGCAAGGCUAUCCAGCACUUCAUGCAUUUAGUACUUUCUUCUACCCUAAAUUAAGGUCUGGGGGUUACCAAGCAGUAAAAAGAUGGACCAAAGGGAUAAAUCUCUUUGAUCAAGAACUUAUUCUGGUGCCUAUUCAUCGGAAGGUACACUGGAGUCUGGUGGUUAUAGACCUACGAAAAAAAUGUCUUACAUAUUUGGAUUCUAUGGGACAGAAAGGCCACAGGAUCUGUGAGAUUCUCCUUCAGUAUUUACAGGAUGAAAGUAAGACCAAAAGAAAUAUUGAUCUAAACCUUUUAGAAUGGACCCAUUACAGCAUGAAGCCACACGAGAUUCCUCAACAGUUGAAUGGAAGUGAUUGUGGAAUGUUUACUUGUAAAUAUGCAGAUUAUAUCUCUAGAGACAAACCUAUCACAUUUACUCAGUGCCAGAUGCCUCUUUUCCGGAAGAAGAUGGUGUGGGAAAUCCUUCACCAGCAACUGCUGUGAAAUGCCCUGCCUGCCCCUCUAGCUGCUGCUGGUUCUUUCCUGGAUGGUUCCAUAUACCUCAUGCAUCGUGAGUUUUAAAAGUCCCGGCAUCACUUCAGUUCUCUUUCAGGUACUGAGCUGUCCAAAUGCAUGGAGGCCUCUGCCUGCACUCAGUCCUGACUUGGUGUGCAGAGGGCUGCUCGCAACCUGUUCGUAAGGGCUGUGGCCUGCUCAGAGCCCUGGACUGCUCAACCCACACAAGAACAAACGCUAAAUAAAUAUAUUUUGAUUUUUUAAAGAAUUUUUUUCUUUUUCCCUAUGAAUGUGGGAAAUGCAGGAUUUAGU